GACGAGAAUGUAGGCGAUCAUACUUCGGGUACCUGCCCACGUAUCUGAUCGGUGAAUUACGCUUCCUUCACGGUAUUGUCGCGUCCGAAAUUUGUGCAUUUCGUUCGCCGGUGGAACGUGACUCCGUAAAGAAAUUUUCGGCAGAACGCAAAGAUGGUCGCCAAAGUUUCUGGACCGCCGCUGGAAAAGCAUAUCAGCAACAUAAAAUUUAUACUUUUCUGCUUGAACGCCAUAAUAUGGAUCCUAGGCGCCGCGAUGUUUGGACUGUCGAUAUGGAUGCGGAUGGAACCGAACUUUGAGGAAUGGGUGGAUUUUCUGAACAUGCAUGAAUUUUACAUUGGAAUUUACGUGCUGAUCUUCACAUCGGUGUUCAUCAUGAUUAUCGCCUUUGUCGGCUGCGCCGCCGCUCUUAUGGAACAUAUCCUGGGUUUAUAUAUCGAUGUGGGUCUUCAAGUGUUAUGUUUUAUUUGCGGUCUUUCUGGAGCGGCGGUGGUUCUCGACUACUCGACAUAUGACAGCGAGAUUCAACCUAUCAUACGGCGGUCCAUGAUCAAUCUCAUCAAUAACUCUCAUCACGAAGGGGCGAAUCUAAUUUUGAGGAUAAUUCAAGAAGCUAUCGGAUGCUGUGGAGCUGACGGUCCCAGAGAUUAUCUGUCCAUGCGAAAGCCACUACCUACCGAGUGUCGGGAUACUGUUACCGGAAAUGCUUUCUUUCACGGAUGCGUCGAGGAACUAUCUUGGUUCUUGGAGUCGAGGUCAGGAUGGCUCGCUGGUCUGGCAAUGGCAUUGUGCAUGCUUCAUGUGGUUGUAGCUGUACUAACGUUGACGCUUAUACGAGCGAUUAAGAAAGAGGAGGAAUCCAUCACGUUCAAGCGUUAGAAUAACAGGUCAUCUAUGACGGAAUAGAAAUAAAAAUAAAUUAUGAUUAUUGAAACUUUUUGCAAGAAGAUAUGGAAAAUAUUCCGGAAAAUGAUAAAUUUCUCAAUUUAUAUUUACUUUGUGAAGUUGACGUAAAAAGCCUACGGGCUACGUAUAUACUACGGUAUAUACGGUAUUUUUACGUUCUUAAUUUUUAUUUUUUACAAUUUUCUUAAUUUUGAAAUAGAAACAUUUUUUGUGAAAAUAAAUCCCUUGAUUAAAAAUACGGUUGAUCCUAGAAAUAAACCGUUUGUAUAAUAAUUUUAUUUAUGUAAUUAUAAUCUUCUUGCGAGACUAUUGGUUGUAACAUCGAUUUAUGUCAAUUAUUCAUGUGUUUCAUCCAAGCAUAGUAUUUUAUAUCUUCAACUAUUAAGUUCACUCUUCCGUUCAUACUCUUGCACUUUCUACAUAUUUCCAUUUAUGCAAUCUAUAUAUUAUAAUUUAAUAGUUAAAAAAAUAAAAGAAUAUUAUUUGUAGUAAUAAGUGUCACGAUGAAAAAACUGUCAAACGUACAGGCAGCGAUUAUAAAUAAAACUAAUAUAUAAUA